UGGUCAGUUUCCGCAGCGGCAGCGGCACGCAGCGGUCUGCCCGUGUUUACGACGCGCUAAAUAUACCUACUCCAGUCAGUUGAAUGGACCGAUAGUAAAUCGUGUGCGCUGGAAGCGAGCGUCUCGUGCGAGGACUCCGUCUUUGAUCGUUUGAGACUGCAUCUUGACGAGAAGUAGUAAUUAUAAUCAGCCGGUAUGGGGUGUGGGAGUCUCCGGCGAUGGUCAGCGCGGCGGUGGUGCGGCGCACUGCUGCUGGCGGCGGUCGCGCUGCAGCUGGCGCGGCUGGCGGCACCCGCGCCUGCCGCCCUCGUCUCCACGGUCACCUUCCCCAGAGCCCAGGCGGCCGCCGUCGCGCAUCUUCUCGCUGACUUCUCUACACAUCCCUCUCCCUUCUCAAUACCAGUAUCAUGGUCGAUAGAGAAAGAAGCGAGCAACUACACGAGUUGGCGUUACAGCGUGUCUUAUGAGUGCGGUCCGCGGUGCGCGGGCGGCGCGGAGGUCGCUGCGCACGACGACGGCGGCCCGCGGCACGGGCUGGCGGCGCGUGCGCACCGCGUGCGCGUCAUUAACACUUUCUGCGUCUCAUUGCUGCUGUUGCCGUGGCUUCAGUUUUGUGGUGAAAUUGAAACAAUGUCAGUGGUGAGAGCGGAUGAAAUGUCUGGCGGCGCUCUGUUGGAAGAGCGAGCUGAAGCACGGUGUGGCGCGGCGGCGGCGCUGGCGCUGGGCGGCCGCUGUGGGCGCGCGCAUCUCCAGGCGCUGCGGGCGCAGCAUCUGCAGUACGUGCGAGCGGCGCUUGCACGGGAUCACUAAACCUGUCAUGCAUACAUGCUAAUUCGAAUAAAAAUUCAAAUAAG